AUGGCACCCAAGGCAAAGCAGAAGCGCAUUCUCGUGCGUCUCGUGUCGAGCGCCCUCACUGGUUUCUUCUACACCACCUCGCGCGCGCGUCUCGGCGACAAGAUCUCGUUCAUGAAGUACGACCCUGUCGUCAAGAAGCACGUCCUCUUCGUCGAGCAAAAAAUCAAGUAG